AUGAGCUUCAUCCAGCGCCGCGCCCUCUCCACCCUGAUCCCCCCCAAGAUCGCAUCUCCCAAUGCUAUCGGCUCCUCCCCCAACGCCGUCCGCAUGCAGAAGGUCGUGAGCUUCUACGAGAAGCUCCCCCGUGGCGCUGCCCCCGAGGUCCAGGCCAAGGGUCUCCUCGGCCGCUACCAGAAGAAGUACAUGGGCAAGAACGCUUCAGGCAGGCCGCUCGUCCACAUCAUCGGCGCCCUGAUUGCCCUCGGCUACGCACAGAACUACUACUUCCACUUGCGCCACCACAAGAACAACGUCCACCACUAG